GGAUUAUAAAUACGGAAUGGGCGACCUUCACCAAAGACUCACUGAACUUAGAAGAUGCCUUGAUGACGGAUUAAUAAAUCAGAAUGGAUACGAUUCAGCUCGUGAUGAAGUAAUAAAUUUCUGGAUAAGUGAGUUAAGAAAAAACUUUACUUUUACUACAAGAAAAAUUUUUAAGUUAUCUUAAAUAUCACUUAACCAAUAGCGAAUCCAACAGUACCAGAAAGGUCAUUCUGGCAAAAAUUGUACGACAAGGCAGUAGACCUCAAAAAUUGGUUCAUGGAAGAUAUAAUUAGACCAAUUAUCGAACGUAUUAACCGUUUCCGUAUCGGUAGUUAAGAAUGAUAUAUUUUCAGCGAGACAACUCGUAUAUUUAACUUUUCUUUUCAAUCAUUUACCGGCGUGUCCAUAAUGACUGAAAGACGUU